AUGAAGAUUUCUCGUAAUAGCUCUCAUAGACAAAAUAGACAAAAUAGUAUCUGUAGGCCCAGUACCGUUGCAAAUGCUGCAAAUGCCGAUCAGAUAUUUUGGAAUACGAGCACACCGGUACUGACGACAGACGUUUUUGAGGAAUUGGAACUACCUACUAGGAGGACGCAUUCAAAUACAAAUUCAUUUUCGUUUGAUCAAUCAUGUUUCACAGAACUUCCAUUUAAUGAAGCGCCAGAAGUACUGCAAUCCCCAGAUGAUUGCUGUUUACCACAAUUUGAAGAAGUGUUGGAAUUGGAUAAAAAUUUGGAGCAAAUGCCCGCUCAUAAGUUAAAACAAUUUUUAUUCUUGCACAGUGUUGUGAAUUCGUCAAGCGAUGAUUCUCAAUUUACAGAUUCUGGAACUGAAUCUGAAGAAUAUUGGAUUGAUAAUCCACCUUCAGCCGGAGGCGGAUUUUAUAGGUUUGAUGUGGUAGAAGUGCCCAUACCGCUCGAAGGUCAAGGACAACAAGUGCAAGUGGACCCUGAAGAAGAUGUUAAAAAAAUGUUAACUGAGCCGCAGGUAAUAUUCUAUUCAGUGCCGCUGUCAAUAAAACAUUUAUUGUGUACCCAUGAUAAUUUAAUGGGUCUCUGUGAAAAUAUUACACUGGAAAGAAUCGUUCGUAGACGUACACUGUCAAAGAUAAUACCUAUGAGCUCUGAGGGCGUGAGAAGAUUUUUCCCGCUGGAAGUAGAUUUUUCUUCAAGCAAAGAAGGAUGUAAUGACGUCGUUAAUGUUUGUGCUUUCAUCCAAACUCUCUCUAACAAUUUCCAGCGCAAAUUGGGAUCCUUUUUCAAUACCACGUUCCAAUUUUCUUACAAAUUUAAUUGUGGGAAAUUUUACAUCAAGUAUGGGAUAUUUGACGAUAAUUUUGACUUCACCUUCGGUAGUAAUUUGAUUGAUUUACAUGCAUUUUCUCGUUAUCUACCAGAGACAGAUGAGCGAUUGGACGACAAAGGUUUAAAUAGCAGAAGGAAAAAACGAUGUCAUAAAACCUCUCGAGCUUGGAAAACUUUUGUUACUAUGGCAGAAGUUUUCACCAUUAUUGAUUACAUGCUCAAAGGUAAAUUCAGCUGGGUUCAAAACAACAGAAAGCUAUUAGAUUACAUCAGUAAAGGUGGAUCAAUCAAAGUAGCCUCCAAGCAAUACGAUACCACAGUAAGGAAAAAUCAGCAAAGAAUCCUAAGUAAUGUGAGAAAAUAUAUUCGUAACAAAGAAUUGAUGCCCUUAAAAGAGGCUAAGGAACGCAACAUUAUGAAUGAUUCACAAUUAGAAUUCCAUAAUGGUCUUUAUGAUCAAAUAAUAGGAUUUUAUGAGAAUAUUGGUAGAGAACUACCCCAAUCUAGAGUGAAAAUGUAUGUUAUUGAAUUAAAUGACCUCGAAGCAGUUAUUGCUCAAAUCUUAGAUAAAUACGUCUACGAGCAGUAUGAAGUUACCGCCGAUCAUGAUAACGCAUCUAAUUACAAAACUUAA